AAUACAAGUGAGUUUGGAGAAAAGAAAGAGGGGGAGAGGGGGGCAGAGUCACUUUUUUUCAGCGCAGGAAAAGGUUCGAAGGGCAUUUAGACAAGCCACCUCGCAGCGCCCGGCCGCUCCCUGCCCGGGAGACGUGCGCCCAGUCCAUUUUAUAUGCGACGAUUUCGGGGGUAAAGAGUCCUCUCUUUUUCCUCCUGAGCAAACUGCAGAUUUUCCCUCUUCCCCUUAAAAAUACCGCAGCCCGUCUUGUCUUGCAGGUACGUUGAACCGUCUCUCUCUCUUUUUACUACUGUAGACUUUUUUUUUUCCCCUUAAGAAAAUAAAAAGAAACCAGGAAGAGCGAGCGAGCUCUCUAGUUUGACCUCUUUUGGCCUGGGAGAAACAACCCAGCAUGGGUUUCUGGGGACCGGAACAGGAUUUUCAAAGCUCUCUCUGGAUUACAGGGGAAGCGCUCUUAAAAGCAAUCCACUGGUCUUUCCCCAGACUUCUCGGCAAAGGAAACUUCCUUCCUCCCCAAACUGGACUUUUUGCUUGCUUGUUUGUUUCGAAGUGCCUGGGGCCUUGUGUGCACGGGAGUGUUGUUUUAGGAAGAACCGAGGUUGGGAUCCACUCCUCUGGCCAUGCUUGCUGCUACCUGUAAUAAGAUCGGCAGCCCCAGCCCGUCUCCCUCCUCCCUCUCGGACAGCUCUUCUUCCUUCGGCAAAGGCUUUCACCCCUGGAAACGUUCCUCGUCCUCCUCCUCUGGCAGCUGCAACGUAGUGGGUUCCAGUCUCUCGAGCUUCGGCGUGUCGGGGGCCUCCAGGAACGGCGGUACGUCCUCUGCUGCGGCGGCGGCCGCGGCGGCCGCGGCGGCGGCGGCGGCCCUGGUGUCUGACUCGUUCAGCUGCGGCGGCUCGCCGGGCUCCAGCGCCUUCUCCCUAACCUCCAGCAGCGCCGCCGCGGCCGCUGCGGCCGCCGCGGCCGCCGCCUCCAGUUCGCCCUUUGCAAACGACUAUUCGGUGUUCCAGGCCCCCGGUGUUUCAGGGGGUAGCGGCGGAGGGGGCGGCGGCGGCGGCGGCGGCUCCUCGGCGCACUCGCAGGACGGCUCCCACCAGCCCGUGUUCAUUUCCAAGGUGCACACCUCGGUGGACGGGCUGCAGGGCAUCUACCCGCGCGUGGGCAUGGCGCACCCGUACGAGUCGUGGUUCAAGCCUUCGCACCCAGGACUGGGCGCCGCCGGCGACGUGGGCUCGGCCGGCGCGUCCAGCUGGUGGGACGUGGGCGCCGGCUGGAUCGACGUGCAGAACCCCAAUGGCGCGGCGGCGCUGCCCGGCUCGCUGCACCCUGCCGCCGGGGGGCUCCAGACCUCGCUGCACUCGCCGCUCGGAGGCUACAACUCGGAUUACUCGGGCCUGAGCCACUCGGCCUUCAGCAGCGGCGCCUCCUCGCACCUGCUCAGCCCCGCCGGGCAGCACCUCAUGGACGGCUUCAAGCCAGUGCUGCCGGGCUCCUACCCGGACUCGGCCCCGUCGCCGCUGGCCGGCGCUGGGGGCUCCAUGCUGAGCGCUGGGCCGUCGGCGCCGCUGGGGGGCUCCCCGCGCUCCUCCGCACGCCGCUACUCCGGCCGCGCCACCUGCGACUGCCCCAACUGCCAGGAGGCGGAGCGGCUGGGCCCGGCUGGGGCCAGCCUGCGGCGCAAGGGCCUGCACAGCUGCCACAUCCCGGGUUGCGGCAAGGUGUAUGGCAAGACGUCGCACCUGAAGGCGCACCUGCGCUGGCACACGGGCGAGCGGCCCUUCGUGUGCAACUGGCUCUUCUGCGGCAAGCGCUUCACGCGCUCCGACGAGCUGCAGCGGCACCUGCGGACCCACACGGGCGAGAAGCGCUUCGCCUGUCCUGUCUGCAACAAACGCUUCAUGCGCAGCGACCACCUCAGCAAGCACGUGAAGACGCACAGCGGCGGCGGCGGCGGCGGCUCGGCGGGCUCUGGUAGCGGCGGCAAGAAGGGCAGCGACACCGACAGCGAGCACAGUGCCGCGGGCAGCCCGCCCUGCCACUCCCCGGAGUUGCUGCAGCCCCCGGAGCCCGGGCAUCGCAACGGCCUGGAGUGACGCGUAUCCCGCCGCGGCCCUUCUCCUAGACCCCCUCCCAUCCCGGUCCGCUUGGGUCCCGUCUGUCCUGGCCUCCGCUCCAGCCUCUUUCCACUGUCCAUCCUGCUCGCACUUUGUCUCCUUCAGUCUCUCUCUCUCUCUCUCUUUUGACUCACUCUGUGACUUUACUUUGUAAAGGGGAUAUGGACGUGUAAGUAGCACCCAUUGCUCUCCUGGGCCCUGGCUUUUUCAUCUCACCAGGUAACACUCUAGGAGCCCCGUACAGCUGUAACCGGCGCCUUGCCGGGUCUUUAUUUUCCGUCCUCUCCUCGUCCUCUCUCUGCCAUCCCCAAGUUGUAUCGUUUAGAGGGAAGCGGUCGCUGGAGGUAGAGCCGGACGGAUCUAGUGUCUGGGAGACGCGGGGCCUCGGCCGGAGCGGGAACGGCUCCGCUGAACUAGGUUGUGCUGCGCGGUGGGGAGGAGGAGGCAGGAGGCCGAGGCAGGAGGCCGAGGCAGGAGGCCGGGCAUCCCCGCUGGAGCAGCCUCCAGCGAGGCUGGAGAACCACAGUCUUGGCGGUCUCGGCUUCCGAGAGCCCUGCCUGGCCGCUGCGUGCCGCUGCCCUCCCUGUUCAGAGCGGUCGCAAAUACGUGGGGGUGUCCACCUGGCGGCCCCGAGACCCGGAGUUUGUAGAGUUAGCUCUCCCAACGUCAGCUCUGCCUCUUUUCCUUUGUUCCCUGAGGUGGAACCGAUUCAAGUUUCAGCUAAGGGCAGUCCUGGUGAAUCGCUGCAGCAGCCUUCUUUCAUCUUUAUAACAUUUUCUUAAAAAAUAAAAAACUAAAGAAAAAAUACAGCAUCCUUCUACUUGGUUCCCCUCUAGAUAGUUUGCCCUCUAGCAGUGACCAAGUCUUUCUUUCGAAACUGCUAACGUUGAUCCCAAAGUUAUUUUGAUUGCAUUAACUUAACUUAUGGGGUGGGGGUGGGGGCGAGGGUAGGUGUCUUUUUCUUAUGCAAAAAUGCCCCUUUCCGGUGAGACCAGAUUAACUAUCUCCGUGUUUGUCCUUUUCUACCUCGUUUUUCACCACUCCUGAGCAUAAUCUCCCAAUCUUUUUUUGCUAGUCCAGCCACCGGUUUGUAUUGUACCCAUUACUGUAAAUUCUUGGAAUUCAUUGAAGAUUCUUAGGGUUAAACUUUUUUUUUGCGUGUGAUUUAAACUUAUAAACAAGUGAAGAAGCUAUCGUUUAUUUAAGACGAGGCUGUAGUUUAAAUGCCAAAAGAGGGAAAAUAGGAAUAAAAAACUUUGUAAAAUAUAUCAAAACCUAAUGGUUUGUACAACUGGAGAAUCCUUCUAGAUUAGUUACCAAUUAAUUAUAACUCCACCAGUGUAUGGGUGUGAGGUGCAGCUGUCCAGGAGACGAUUUUGUAUAGUAUUUUUCUUGUAUAUUACUUCCAGUAAAUAUUUGAAAAUAUAUUGAAGUAAAGUUGAUUUUUUUUUCUUUUUUUGGUCACACAAAAUACUAAGAGUUAUUGUUGCAGUUCUGAUGAGCUGCUGGUAUUUUGAACUCACUUCUGGAGGUGCAGAGCCACAAACGCACUUUCGGGGCUUAGUUUUGCUCGAAUAUGAAUUUAGAUAGGUAUCAAACUGUAACUAAGACAAUAUUUGAUAAAUGUGGGAUGACAUUUAAUUUAAUGGAGCAUGUACUUCUUUGCAUUUGCUGGCAGUUCAGGCAUAGUUAAAGUGAGAGUUCUCCUAUAUUUCAUAAUAACUGGGUCUGCCAAAACCCAUGUAUUAAAUAAAUUGUCCAAGUGAAACUCAACUAACUUUGGCCUUUGUGUAUUUCCUGAAGGUAAUAUUGUUAACUGUUAAUAAACACUCCUGACACUACAUUUAAAUGUUUGCAGAUUCUGCAAACUAAUUGCUCAUUGUAAUGUUGAAAUAAUUUGGAUAUUUCACAUUGAAAUGAAAAGCCUUUCUCUGGAACAUUUUAGACUUGCAUUUUAAAUGCAUGAGAUGUAAUUGAUUUAUUUGUAAUAUUUUAAAUGGUAUUAAUAAACUCAGAUAAAA